GUUUUUACAUGUCUGACGACUAAUGUAUCAUUAUAAUUAAUCUAAAUGAGGGAAGAAGAUGCCUUUGCUUGAAAUGGAAUCAGGAACUUCAACUGGGUCUAGACCCGAUUACCUUUACUUAUCAACAAUCCUCAAAUCAUGUUCCACCCUUUCAAAUGUUAAAUUAGGAAGAGUUCUUCAUAGUCAUAUUGUUAAAGUAGGUCAUGUUUCUUGCCAGAUUGUGGGUAAAGCUCUUCUUAACAUGUAUGCUAAAUGUAAUGCCCUUGAUGAUACUCAGAAGCUGUUUUCUCAAAUUCAGCACUUUGAUGCUGUUAAUUGGAACAUUAUUCUAUCUGGGUAUUCUGGAUCUGGUGCCCAUGAUAAAAGGGUUAUGAGUUCUUUUCAGCAAAUGUACAUUGGUGAAUAUCCAAAACCCAAUUCUGUUACAAUUGCAAUCGUUCUUCCUGUUUGUGUACGAUUAGGAGAUCUAAAUGCAGGCAAAAGAAUACAUGCUUACACUGUAAAGUCAGGAUUAGAUUUGCAUACAUUAGCAGGGAACUCUCUGUUGUCAAUGUAUGCUAAGUCAGGUCAUGCUAUUAAAAAUGCAUACCAAGUGUUUGAUAGAAUUCCUGAGAAAGAUGUAGUUUCAUGGAAUGCUAUGAUUGCAGGCUUUUCCGAGAAUAAUCAAUCGAACAAUGCUUUUACAUUGUUCUGUCAGAUGGUAAAGGGCCCAAUACCUCCAAAUUACGCGACUCUUGCAAACAUUCUACCUGUCUGUUCUUCUUAUCGUAUUGGGAAAGAAAUUCACUGUUUUGUACUGCAGAGGGCAGAGUUGUCGGCAAAUAUCUUUGUCUCCAAUGCUCUUGUAAGCUUCUAUCUGAGGGUUGGACAGUUACAAGACGCUGAAAAUUUGUUUAAGGGGAUGAUUGUUAAAGAUUUGGUUUCAUGGAAUGCUAUUAUAUCUGGAUAUACCUCAAAUGGCGAGUGGACGAGAGCUUUAGAAUUGUUUCGUGAAUUUCUUUCUAAGGAGACAGUUGGACCCGACUCGGUAACUAUUCUCAGUGUUCUUCCUCUCUAUACACAUUUACAUAAUUUGAAUGGGUGCAAGCAGAUUCAUGGGUAUGUUAUCAAACAUCCACUUCUAUCGAAAGAUACUUCAGUUUGGAAUUCCUUAGUUAGCUUUUAUGCAAAAUGUGGAGACAUUGAGUCUUCUUUCUUGACAUUCUCAUUAAUGCAUAGAAAAGACUUAAUAUCAUGGAAUUCUAUGCUUGAUGCCUUUGCAGAUGGUCGAUUCCAAGCUCGAUUCUUCGAUCUGUUACAUAGAAUGCAUAACCAACAAGUAAGUCCCGAUUCCUUAACACUGUUAGCUAUAGUUCAAUUCUGUUCAACUGUUCUCGACUGCAGAAUGAUUAAACAGGCUCAUGGUUUUAUAAUAAGACAUAAUCUCGUGCAAUUAAAUUCCGAACCUAAACUCGGGAAUGCAGUUAUCGAUGCGUAUACACGACACGGUAACAUGGAUUACGCGUUGAAGGUUUUCGAAGUUGUUAAGAGGAAUGUGGUUACAUACAAUUCAAUCAUUUCAGGAUAUAUGAUGUGCGGGUUUUACGAUGAAGCACAUAGUGUGUUCAAUAAUAUGCCUGAAAAGGAUAUCACUUCUUGGAAUCUGAUGAUUCGCUUAUAUUCUGAAAGCGGUUGCCAUGACAAAGCUAUUAGUCUCCUUCGGGGGAUAAUAAAAGAUGAAGAAAUGUUCGAACCUGACUCGUUGACAGUUAUGAGUCUUCUUCCACUUUGUUCGCAAAUGGCCUCAGUUCAUUUACUUAGGCAAUGCCAUGGGUAUGUUGUUAGAGCAUGUUUUACAGAUCCUUACUUAAUAGCAGCAAUGUUAGAUGUGUAUUCAAAAUGUGGCAGCAUCGAUUAUGCGUAUAAACUUUUCAAAUCGACGAAUAUGAAGGAUCUGAUUAUAUUUACAGCCAUGAUCGGCGGGUAUGCUAUGAAUGGUUUGGUUGAUGAAGGGUUAAAAAUCUUCAAUUCGAUAGAGAAGAUUCAUAGGAUUAGACCGAGUAUGGAACAGUACGCUUGCGUGGUUGAUCUUCUUGCUCGAGGAGGUAGAAUUAGCGACGCUUAUGAGUUUGUCUGUCAAAUGCCAAUUGAACCUAAUGCAAAUAUAUGGGGAACUUUGUUAGGGGGUUGUAAAACGCAUAACGAAUUUGAAAUUGGACGUGUUGUGGCUGAUCGUUUGUUGGCGAAUGAAACGAAGGAUGUUGGUAGCUAUGUGGUGAUGUCGAAUUUAUAUGCUGCGGAUGCGAAAUGGGAUGGUGUUCUUGAAAUGAGAAAGCUUAUGAAGAAUAGAGAUAUGAAAAAACCGGCUGGAUGCAGCUGGAUUGAAGUGGAGAAGAGUAAAAAUACUUUUUUGGCGGGAGAUACUUCUCACCCGAAAAGAAUCGAUAUUUAUGACAUGUUGAGUAUGUUGGAUCGACAAAUGAAAGAGAGAUUCGACAAUUAUGAGUUUGCGAAAACUAGUUUGGUAUUUGAAUUGUGACGCAAGAACUUUUUUCCUUCAAUGUGAGUAUUUUUAACUUGCAUUAGACAAUAAUUUUUUAAUUUUUUGGUUACAUAUAU